AUGAAUAACAAAUACUUUAUAGUUUUCGGUAUAUUGCUAAUAGUUAAAGAAGCUUACUGUUACAAAACUAAUUUAGAUGCUAAAGAUAAAUUAGUCCCAGAUAAACAUGGAAAGAAUAUAGAUUAUAAUGAAAUUGACUUAGUAGAAUUUAUUUCAAGUGCACAAGUUAUAUAUCCUGUUGAAAACAAGAUCAUUGGCCCCCCUAGUAGUGAAACAGAGUUUACUAUUUCUCUUCUAAAAGCUAAUAAAUCAGAUGAAGAAAAGGCUAAAAUGAUAAUCCUAGAUUUUAAUGUAAUUAAUGACUUAAAUAUAGCGUCAAUAACAGAUAUAAAACUCAUGAUAACCAGAUUUUCUGGAUUUAAUCCACAUGACAUUAAAAUUACUCUUCUUGACCCUAUUCAAUCUCUUACUAAAGGAGAUACAAGACUAUCGGAGGUAAAUUCCUAUAACUACAAAAUAGCUCAUCUUAAACAAAAGGAAUCAGGAUGCGCAGAUAUCAUAGAACUCAAGAAUCUUAUAUCAGAUAUUUUAAUCGUAUAUAAACAGUUCAAUAGUACAAAUUUAAGAAUAAUGAUUGAAUCUAUAGGUCCUAAUGAAUCUUUUGGGAUACUUUCAAAUAUGAAAGAUGUAGGACCUGAUAUUGUGAUUCAAACUAAACUUCCACCUCAGCCUAGAUCUAAAUGGAUCUAUACAGUUAUCUUUCUUGCUGUUCUUUUUGUUGUUGUAGGAGUUAUUGUUGCUAUCUAUAUACAAAAUAGAAAAAAGAAACAAGCUGAUCUAAGUAAUCAGCCAUUACUCUCAAAUAAUAACGUAUAA